AUGUCGAGGAGGGCGGUGAACCCCGGCCGCCGGGCCUCGGACGGGGGCCUGCCCACCGUCGCCAGCCUGCUCCACCACAAGUCGCGCUCGCCCUCCGUGCUCACCAUGGCACUGCUCGCCCUGGGAGUGAUUAUUCUCAUCGUCUACUUCAACAGCGGCUCAGGUGGGUUGCAAAUUCCCAGCUUUGGUGUAACUGUUACGAGCAGAGAAUCUGUGAGCAGAGCUGAAGGUUCUUGCACAUCAGAAGUUAUGCAGGCACUUCCUUAUCUUAAAAAGGCGUAUGGCAGUGCUAUGCAGAAGGUUCUCCAUGUAGGCCCAGAUAGUUGUACAGUAGUUUCUAACUUGUUGAAAGAAGGGAAGGAAGCAUGGGGAGUGGAGCCUUAUGAUUUGGAUGAUGCUGAUAGUAGCUGCAAAAGCCUUGUGCGCAAGGGAUUUGUCCGUUUGUCUGAUAUCAAGUUCUCUCUUCCAUACCGCCCAGAUUCUUUUAACCUUGUUGUCGUGUCAGAUGCUUUGGAUUAUCUGACCCCAAGGUAUCUGAACAAAACACUUCCAGAUUUAGCAAGGGUCUCCACCGAUGGCCUUGUUAUCUUUACUGGCAAUCCAGGACAGCAGAAGGCUAAAGUUUCUGAGCUACCAAAAUUUGGAAGACCGGCAAAGUUGCGGAGUAAUUCAUGGUGGACGCGCUACUUUAUCCAGACAGGCUUGACAGAGAAUGAAGGGCCAUUGAAGAAGUUUGAGCAGGCUGCUUCCAAGGGCAACUACGAACCGGACUGUCAAAUCUUCCACCUCAGCUCAUAG